AUGACCACGAAAUCACCAAAGACCCUCGUCGUCGCACUCAAGCUGUCACCGGAUUCUCUGCGAGACUUUCCACACGAGCCUGCAACGCCGCCCAAGGAAGAGGCCAAGCCCUCUCCACCAACACCCGCGCCGCAGAUUAACGAGCCCUCACCUGCUGCCACGCCUGCCGACUCAACCCCCAACAUGAAUGGAAGCACACCGUCGUCGCUGGCGCCCCCCUCUUCGAAGAGGAAGGGCCCCAAGCCCGGCAGCAAGCGGAGUGCCGCGCAGAUGGAAGCUGGCACGGCUGGCGCGAAUGGCGCAACCCCCAAACCAUCCAAGGCCAAGCCAGGGCCAAAGAGGAAGAAGAUGGGCGACAUGAUCAACGACCCCAACUCCAAGGGGCCCUUCCCAGCACCCGCAGCCAUCAACAAGGCAGGCCCCAAGGCAAACCUGGGAGCCAUCAACGAGCGUCUGCGCGCCCUCGACAGGUCAGGGGCCAAGUGCCGUCGCUGGGAGAAGAAGGGAUUCCAGGUCCGCAGCUUCACCGGCGUCAUGUGGCAAGUGCCUACAUACCAGCCAGGCCGCAAGGGCGCCUUCGCCGACGACGUCAAGAGCGACAGCACCGGCACCAGCGAGUCCAAACUAAAGGACGAGAGCAGCGCAAUCAGCGACAAGAGCGGACUGAACGGCGACAGCACACCCGUACCAACGCCCAUGAACGGCAUAGCAAGCUCUCCUGCUCCUAUUCCCGCUUGA